AUGGUCUUGGUGACAGCCACUUCGGACGGAAAAUUCCUAGCGGCGCGUCACUGGAGUAGGGGCUCGACCCAGUUCGCUGACCAGAGAAGGAUGAAAAUUGAGGGCCGCCCGAAAGAUCUCCCGCCAGAUCUUAAUAUCAUCGCGGUGGCCAUGGCCGAAGGGCAUCUCUACAUCAACAAUAAUAACACAAGAAUCGAGGAGUACAACCACACCGCCGGCAACCCGUACUCGAUAACCUACCAGGGCAUCGUCGACAUCUUUCCCCCAGAGGAUUGA